AUGAAGUUUCUCUCUCUUCUCGCCAUUCUCUCUGUUGCUGCCUUGGUCUCUGCUGCUCCAUGCCGUGAUAACAGCCAUCAUCAUGGCAAUGACAACUCCAAUUAUGAAGAUAACAGCAACCAUGAGGAUAACAGCAGUUCUGGUAACAAGCAUAUCACUCAAAACAUUGGCAGUGUUGGCAGCUCUGGUGGAAACAAGGGACUUCUCUCUGGUCUUCUCGGCGAGGGUUUGUUGAGUUCUACAACCAACAACAACUAUGUCAAUCAAAAGGCUGAAAUUAAUUAG